AUGGCGUCCCUAAAACUAGAUGAGCGAUUCUGGUGCACAUAUUUUCCCACUACCUUGGAGGGUAACGUAGGAACAUGGAUCAAAACAUUGAAACUGAGCAGCAUCAACAAUUUCAACCAGCUGAAAUACCUAUUCAUAACAAACUUCAUGCAACUUCGGAAAUACAAAGGUGACUGCCACACAAUCAUUGGGUGCAAACAACGAGAAGGACAUACAGUUAAAGAUUACUUCGCUAGGUUAAUAAAGGCAACACUAGAUGUUCCAGUGUAUGACGAAGGCCUAAUCGCAAAGGCAUUCACCUGGGGCCUGAUGCCAGGAUCGUUGUCCCAAAAACUCAUGGGCAAGCAACCCAAUACAAGGGCUGAGUUGAAUGAAAUGGUAGAGCGCUUCUUACCCCAGGAUGAAGGUGAAGCAUCGAAGCAGGUGUACCUCAACGCCAUAAUAGCCUUCGCGGGGAGGCGAAAUAACUACAACACAACCCACCCCGAUUUUCGGGGAAACAAUAGGUUUACGGGACAAGACAGACAACCAACAAGACGCUUCAGACCCUUCACUAGAGACGAUAGGUGA